AAGGGCACAUAUUAUGCUUGUGUAGCCCAGGCUUCAUAAGCUGUAAGCAGAAGUCUAUUAUUCAGUAUGUAUGUAUGUGUGUGAGUGAUAGUUGGCAUUUAUGGGGUUAACUGUGUUUACCUGAGCAGACAGCGUCAGGCUGUGGUAUUGCGUCAUGAUGUCACAGGCCGACACUGAGAGAGUGAGAGAGAUCACGCUGUCGGGCUGCAUGUGCGCGAAGGAAUCGCUCUGCCCGAAGUGUCCAUAACUUAAUAGAAGACGGUCCAAAAGCGUCUAAGACGGUCGGAAUUCGCCAGCGGUUGCAUCCACGUGUUUUUGCUUCAUAGUUCCUGCUCGGCGGUCAGGUUUUUUGAGUUGGAUAUGAUUUACUGAAGAUUUGGUGUUGGAAGUCGACGUUGCCGUCACCAGUAGCCAACUUCAUAGAAGAGACCAGCAGCAGAUAGCCACAAGGCGGCUUCCUGCUGGAGAAGAGGAUCCAGAGAACCAGAUGGCGAGCCAGAGCUGAUGAACAGCGGAUGAAUUACCUACCUUCUUAACUGCGGUGUGGUAGGACCACGAAGUACACACAAAAUUAAAGGGCCCCAACGUAAACAAAUUGAGCUCAAAGAAGAAGGAAAUAAACAACAGAUUUAACAUAACAACCACAGAGGACACUUUCUUUUAUAUUUUUUUUAUAUUAUUCUCGUGCGCACUUUAUUAUUUUUCUUGCUAAUUGAAUUGUAUUCUGUUGUCAUAUUGUUCUAUGAGUUCUUUUGAGUAUUACAAUAAUACAGUGUUGAGAACUCAAUUUUGUGUGAGUGUGAUUUAUAUUGAUGUUUCUUCCUGGGCUCCAUGAGCGACUUCCUGGAAUUCUGAUAACUAGUCCAAAUAGAUCUAAUUGUGAAUAUUAAUAAUACUUGCAACCUCACUGCUAAAGGAGGGGUUACAUAAACUUGGCGAGCUAGCCAGGAGCCCAGUAGGUGACACCAAUAUUGCUAUUGUGCAACAUGGAUUUUAUCCAGAGGUCUGGUGUAAAAAUACCCAAUGCGGUCAUUGUUGAUGGCGUAAUGGGAUUAGCCCAAGAUGAAGAAGUGAUUGAUUUCCUGAAGAAGUAUGGUGCUAUUCAGCGCACUGUUUUGGUUGAUGAUGAGUCUUCUGAGUUUCAUAAAAACCUGAUCGUCGAAUACUCCAGUGGCUCAGCUGUAGAAGCUUUGGAGUCACUAUUACCCUAUAGACACACACUAAAAAAUGAUCCCAAUGUUGUGUAUAAUGUUCAGACCUUACGUAGUGUUUACACUUCCAAGCUAGGUAGCAGUGCUACUAAAACCUACCUAACAGAGCUAAAAGAGUUAGCAAAGCUUAGCGGCAACGACUAUGAAGUGAUUUUAAGAGAAAUGAUGACACAGAUUAGUAAUGAUGUUGAAAGCAUGCAAUCUGCUGAUGAUCCGUCACUGUUAGCACUCAGUGAGACCCCUGUGGAGUCCCCACAGCCCACCAGUCCUAUUCCAGGUCCCCCUCAGAAUGGCAAUGACGUAAACGUCACUGCAGCAGCACCAGUCAAUGAUGAGAGACGAGUUCCAUCCCUCUCUGUGAGUGAUGUCAAUCCACCAGAGGUUCAGAAAGUUGUGGUUGAACACAUUGUGAGGAGGGAGGACACAGGUUCUUUCUUGUCACCCCCUGUCCGACUUCGUCCAUUUUCUGGGAAAAUCCCCAGGCAUAACAGCGAAGCAGAUUAUGACACUUGGCGCUCGCACAUUGAACUUCUCUUGAAUGAUCACAGCAUAUCUCCUCUUCAAGUGUCCCGAAGGAUCCUAGAGAGUUUGCUUUCACCAGCAGCAGAUGUGGUUAAAGGGCUCUGUCCAAAUUCACUGCCUUCCGCCUACCUGCAACUGCUAGAUUCGGCUUUUGGUGCAGUUGAGGAUGGAGGAGAGCUGUUUGCUCAAUUCAUGAAUACCCUCCAGGAUCCGGGCGAGAAGCCAUCUACUUACCUGCAGCGGUUACAGCUCGCACUUAACCAGGCUGUUAAGAGAGGGGGGGUUGCACCAGGGCCAGAAAUCAAGCAGGUUAAGGUUAGGGCCAGAAAUCACGCAGGUUAGGGUCAGAGUUCACCAAUGUUAA